AUGGAGGUCGAAGGCAAAGGAGGAGAAGCUGGAACCACCACCACAACCGCACCUCGGAGAUUCGCACUUCCGGUGAACGCGGAAAACAAAGCAACACCUGUCCGACUAUUUUCAGUCGCUAAACCUCACAUGAGAGAUUUCCAUGUCUCAUGGUUUCAAUUCUUAUCAAAAGAAUCUAUCGUUCUUUACUUAUACGUGUCUUCUCUUCUCUACCAAAAUCAUACAAACAACAUCACUUAUAAGAAUGUAAGAAAGAUACAAUAAUUAAAAAAAUUAAAAACAACGUUAAUAAAUAAUGUUGCUACUACAAUAAUGAAAUUUGUUGGUUGU